GUAACAAAUCUACAUUCGUGACGUUAAGACCGUCUCCUUAUAUGAAUAGUAGUGGUAGAUAACAAAAAAAAAAAAAAAAAAACUACAAUAUCAAAACACAUAAAUAGACUACUGUUUUAAUAUAUUUCAAUUUGUUUUCUUUCGAGCGUCAAAGCAGAGUGUUGCUGCCACACAAUUCUUCCUAUCACUAUAAAUCUAUAAAAAAGAAAAGAUGAAUCGACAAUUAUCUGAACUGAGUGCAAGUGAAUUAAAUGAAGCAAUUGAUGAUACUAACUUUCCACAGGCUCAUUUCUUAUCUCGCGGUAGAAAUAAUAGUGUUUGCUCGACAGGUAGCGCAUCGGGUUUAAAUGGUUUUGACAGCUCUCGCAGGACAUCUAAUAGCAGUGUUCCUGUUGUCCCCGAGAAAGAGAAGGAUGAAAACGUCGCUGAAAAAACCCUUGUUAAUGGAAAAGAAGCAAACUCAAACCAACCCAAGUUGAUGCUUAAGAUGAAUGGAACAGGCGGACAUAUUACCGAAAGUGAAAACGGCCUAAUAGCACCUAAGACCCCAACAACCCCAAGGACAUCCACCACACCAGGGCAUGAGAAAUGCACAUUUCAUCACGAUUUGGAACUUGAUCAUAAACCACCUACCCGUGAAGCUUUACUUCCUGAUAUGGCUCAAUCAUAUCGUCUUUUACUUGGAGGUCUUGGAGAAGAUCCAGAUCGGCAAGGAUUGAUCAAAACGCCUGAGCGUGCAGCAAAAGCGAUGCUCUUUUUUACAAAAGGUUAUGAUCAAUCACUCGAAGAUAUUUUAAAUGGUGCCGUAUUUGAUGAAGACCACGAUGAGAUGGUUGUUGUUAAAGAUAUUGAAAUGUUUUCAAUGUGUGAACAUCAUUUAGUGCCAUUUUAUGGAAAAGUUUCAAUUGGUUAUUUGCCAUGCAACAAAAUUCUUGGGCUAAGCAAGCUGGCAAGAAUCGUAGAAAUAUUCUCAAGGCGAUUACAAGUUCAAGAACGACUCACUAAGCAGAUUGCAGUGGCAGUUACGCAAGCAGUUCAGCCAGCAGGUGUUGCUGUUGUCGUGGAGGGAGUGCAUAUGUGCAUGGUAAUGAGAGGUGUACAAAAAAUCAACAGUAAAACCGUUACGUCUACUAUGUUGGGAGUUUUUCGAGAUGAUUCAAAAACAAGAGAGGAGUUCCUGAAUUUAGUGAACAGUAAAUAAUUUUAUGAAAUUUAAUAAAACGGGACAGCAAUGGUAGAUAAUAAAUCCAAGGAAACAUCAAUGAUUAUAGGAUACAAAAUAUUUUUCAAAGAGGUUUUUGUAUGAGGAGCUUAUUAUAUUAUUAAGUUGUCAUAAGAAAGCUAAAAUAAUUAUUUGAGGUGAUUGCUCAAAUAAUUAUAAACAUUAUAUAUCUGUAGUGUUUGGUAUAAACAUGAAAAGACUUCUUCUAUGAUACUUUUUGCCAAUAUUUAUAGAAUUUUCAAACAAUUAAACUAGAUGAAAGUGACAGUACACGGUUAAAAAUUCUGGAGUAUUUUUUAAUACAGCUCUUGUAUUAAAGCAAUUUCCAAUACAAAAAAUAUUACAUUUUAAUACUUCAAAAAUAUUUAAACUAUUUUAAAUCUUUUUUGUAUUAAAUUUCAAUAUUAAAGUAUUAAGUAUACUACUUGUAAUACAAAAAUUAUUAGAAAAUAAUCUCCGUGGGUUAAAUUCUAAUCUUGUAUUGAAUUUUAAUACCGCUGUAUUAGAUUUUAAUAUUUUUGUAUUAUAUUUGACUAUAUUGUAUUACAUUUUAAUAUAAUUAUAUUACAUUUAAAUAUAAUUGUAUUAAAAUAUAAUAAAAAUUUAUUAAAAACUAAUAUAAAAAGUAUUAAAUUGUAGUACGAGAAUAUUAAAUUUUAAUCAAACGUCAGCAGCUACAGUACACAUAAUAAGGUAAUAUAUUCCGAACGUUGUCACAAUUUGUUUGUCAAAAAUGGGAACAAUCUGACAGGUCGCCCUUUAAUUUUUAUAUUUCACAGUAAAUAGAAAAUUUGUUUUUUUUUUUUUUAAUUUAUAAAAUAUCAUUUGAAAAAAUUAUAAAUUAAAAAAUAACAAAUUUUCUUCGUGUUUUUUUCGCGGAAAAUGGUGAAUAAUUGUUAACAAAUUAGUGGUGUGCGUGGUUUUUCGUUUUUUGUGCGUUUUUCGUCGGUAAAUAAAAGAAAUAAGAUUUACGGUAGCUGACAUUGGUCGGCGAAUUGUUAUGUUUUUAUUUGUACUGUGGUCAGCAGUAGCCAUUUUAAAAAUGCAAAAAAUCCAUUGUUUGGGGUACCUUUUCUAAAAAAAAAAAUUAAAUUAAAAUUUGUAAAUUUGUACUAAUUUGAAGGCGCUUUGUGUUUUUUCGAGGCAAAGUGCAUACAUUGCAGAUGAAUUUUGAUCGGCAAUAAGAUUUUACAUGCCACAGUUUGUGAAACAAAUAAAAUAGAGACAAUAUUAUCACCAUUAUUAUAUUAGUUAUGAUUAAUAUUUAUUUUCAAUAAUGAAUUUAGGAAAAGAAUACAUAUUAUUGACUUUAAAUACAUUUGGUAUUGAAUUGAACUAUUUUUGUAUUAUCUUUUAAUCAAAUACUUAUUAGAAAUUAAUAUAAUAAGAUUAAAUUUUAAUAUGUAAUACAUGAAAUUUAAUACAUUUGGUAUUAAAUUCUAAUAUAAACUGUAUUAUUUUUUAAUAAAACUAUAUUAAAUUUUAAUACAUUUUCUAUUGACCAAAAAAUUUUAAUAUUUAUCAUGUAUUAAAUUCUAAUACAUUUCUGGUGUAGACCUAUAUGUAACCCAAAAAGUAUUGAAAAAUACUCCAGAAUUUUUAAUUGUGUAUUUAUUAAAUAUAAUACUUUCAAAAGUCGUUUUUCAAUAAUUUAAUAACUAUUUGAGAGUCUUAAAUAAAAAAAAAACCUUUUGGUAGUUAUCUUUUGAUACCAAACAUUACAAAUAUGUAAACAUACAUUUUACUCCAGUCAAAGCAUCGCCGUCAGAAAAAAGGGCCUAACCUUGCGCACAGAGGCACUGUCAGUUUUUAUUUCAUGGAUCGAUAGGGGUAUAUUUAAAAGGCUUAAACCCAAUUUCUCACCACCUGAUCAUUCUUUUAAGCGGAGUUAUUCACAAAAAUGCAUUUUUUGGGAUAUUUUACUUCUAAGCUUAUAUCUUUGCUCCAGAUUGUAGUAGACCAAAAAAUAAACAUACAUUCUCUUCCUUAUAAUAUUAAUUUCUCGGCUCCCGUGGGACGUAGAGAGCUAAUUAUUUUUUUUAAAUUGUAGAUAAAUUUAAAGGACUACAACAGUAUUAUAUUUUGUUAGCCAAUACUUGCACCGUUUACAAAAUAAUGAGGCAAGAGUUUGCUAAACAAAAAAACGUCUUUGACUUAAUAUUACUUAUUUUUUAUUUGUUUCAACAAAAAUAAUGUGCACCAAAUCGAUAGAAAAUGUUGUAACGAACAAUCAAUAGCUUUAUUUUUUGUCGUAGGACAUUCUGAAGCCGAGUUAUUCCCAAAAAACGAUAUUUUUGGGUGUUUUCGCACCGGUUUUGCAUGCGUUCAUUUAUCAAUUGCUCGGCCAUCUUUGGUGAUAAUGAGCUGUUUUUUCUGUAAAAUGCAGGACAUAAAUAGGGCUACAAAAUAUGUUAGAAAAAUGUCAAUAACUAUUUUUCGAAAUAAUGACAAAAAUGUGUUUUUAACAACAAGAAUUUGAAUUUAAAUGGCUGCCAUUUUCACUCACUCAAAUACAGUGACAUUACAUACAACGAUAGAAAAUAUUGUAAGGAAGAAAAUGUAUGUUUAUUUUUUGGUAUACGUAAAUCUUGAUCAAAGAUAUAAGCUUAGAAGUAAAAUAUCCCAAAAAAUGCAUUUUUGUGAAUAACUCCGCUUAAAAGAAUGAUCAGGUGGUGAGAAAUUAGGUUUAAGCCUUUUUAAUAUACCCCUAUCGAUCCAUGAAAUAAUAACUGACAAUGCCUCUGUGCGCAAGGUCAAAUGACGCUUUGACUGGAGUAUUUGCUUUAAGGUUUAUAAUUGUACAUUGUACAAUAUGUAAAAAAAAUGAAAACUAACUAUUGAUAAAUGUAUGAAUAUGGUUAAGGGUAAUGAUAUUAAUUUAGUGUACUCUGUUGCAGAUACCAUUCAACGUAUCUACAUAUGUUUAAACUAAACAAAAAUAUAGAAGACCAAUACUCAAACUGAAAGGAUCAAAUACGUUUAGGGAAUUUACAUACUUAAAAUAAUGAAUAUUUGUUACAAUCUUAAUAAAAUAAUAAUUAAUAAAUACAUACAUUUAACAA